CGGUACGGCGGCGAUAACCUUUCCCACCGGAAAAACAGUGCUGAAAGUAAGCCCUGCGAGCUUUUUGGAGGUGAGAGCGGAGCUUCACAUGUAACAGGGAAAAAAAAAACAUGUCUAAAAACACAAAAAUAGCGCUGGUGUUUGGAGGCUUCAUAACGGCGGUGGCGGCUGCGUUUUAUCCCAUCUUCUUCUAUCCUCUGACACACAAAGACCAGUACAGAGAGGUCCAGAAGGUGAACCGGACAGGAAUCAACCAGGCAGACGUGCAGCCUGCGGGUCUGAAGAUUUGGUCCGAUCCGUUCAAGCCUGCAGAAAAAUGACGACCGACGGCGAUCCCGCAGAAGUCCCGCGCGUCGACGCCGUUAAAGCAUGAAUAACUUUGAGGAGUGCUUGGUGUGUGCCUGAGAGAAAUACUUACAGAUUGUUUUGAUUGCUUUGGAUGAGUUUCUACUUAAAUAAAGGUAAACAUGUAAAAAAAAA